UUUUGCGGCAGCGUGGUGCGCGAAGCGGGCAUCGUCCGGAUUAAACCUGCACGUUCCCGCCGAGGAGACGCGGCGAAUCGAUCGCACGAGUCGUCCACAGUCCUUCGUCGCCUUCGAUUCAACGAUAUCUUUAGUAAUACCGUCUGUGAGUGAAACUGUUUGUGCGGAAAUACGUAACAGUAAGAGCAAUCGAAGUAUAGGCGAAUCGUCAUCGAUGCUGAAGUAGCAUAAACGCAGUGCCAAUCUAUUCAUCGACUUCAACAGCGUGGAAUAAUGGAACAUGAGCUGGUUACAGAGACAUCACCAGAGGGAUGUAACAAUAUAAUCUACCAGGAAUUAUGAGAAUUCUGCUCGAGCUUUAAUGUGGUCGAAUCCCAGGAGACCGUUAUUGAUGAUUCAGUAAUUUGUAGGUACUGUGCUAUCGCUUCAAUAACUCUAAACAUAGACACGUGAUAGAUAAAUACUGGAAAAAAUUUGCAAAAGUUUAUCGGUGUUUUAGAAAUUAUUUUGACCGACAAGACGAAUGGAACGUCGGCUUGAUCACCAAGAUACAGACAUAUUUAUCAGUACCAGUGAUAAAGUAAUCUUCUUGCAAGAUUUAAUUUUUCGCUGAUCAUAGUGCGAGACAAAUUUAAUAUGGAUUGGUUAUCUCUUUGCGUCUGUGGUGCAAAGGGCGACCUCGCCAACGGGAAGGCCAAGAAAGACAGGAAAUGCAAACCUGAGAGUGGUAAAAAGAGCAAGAAAUCCAAAAAGUGUUCCAAGCGGAAAGGAUCUUCCAAAGCGUCUAUUGACGAAUCCUUGCACAAAUCGCAAGACGAGCAGCAAUUCGAGAAAGAAAUUGUGGAAAAGAAAUGGAUGAACGGAGAGAUCGUUAAUUGCCACGACGAGCGCUCGAAGAGUCAGGUACUAGCGAUUGAUCAAGCCGAUCCGGCAAAACUCAGCGAUUCGCUGAGUAAUACUUGGUCUUAUCGAAUCGAAGAUUGUAAUAAUGCUGAAGAAUCCUGCACAAAUCCGGGAAGAAACGUGGAUAAAUCCGAUCAAGAAACACGUAGUGUCGAUCACGACGACGACGACGCGUUCGUGCCGCAUUCAAGAUGCACAUCAAGCACAGUUGAUGAAGAUACAGAAAAUGAAGUCAAGUAUGCUUCAGAUGAAAAAGGACACGACGAAGAAGCAAACCUGGAUGAUUCCGCGUCAAGAUCAGCAAUCUCCGAAGAGCUUGAAGAUUCACCCUGGAUAUCGGAAGUCGAGGACAAAUCGACUGCGACAAUAGAAUCAAGUUUUAAUAGAAAGCUUGAGGAAAGGAUCUCGUCUAGAAUCAAUUUUUCCAAUAAGGAGCGAGAGACUUUGGGAACGACUUUUCCAAGAAAGGAUCCGAGAAAUGCGCUUCCGCCGAUCAAGAAGAGAUCCUGUGCGAAGACGUGGAAUUGUACAAAUAACGAAGAGCGACAAAGAAAACAAGCGAAUAAGUUCGGUUUUAAGAAAAACGCAAUGUGCGAACAACGGGAGAUUCGGCGAAAAUUGAACUCUUGCAGUUUCGAAAUUGGACCGUUUGAGGGUGAAGAGCGAAGUGGGAAAACCAGGAGUCGGACCGAAGGAUCCAUGAUACCCAGACUUGCAUCCCCUAUGCGACAAGAGAUAAACUCGCUCAAAAGCGAUAAAUCGGACAUUGUGCAAAAUGGUCGCGUUCACUCGGCAGUCGUCUCCGGUGUCAAUUUAGAGCAGCGCACCGUAACCGUAGAAUGGUUCGAGAGGGGAGAAACCAAAGGCAAAGAGGUGGAAAUCGACGCGAUUCUCGCCUUGAAUCGCGAUCUGAGCCAGAAGAUGGCACCACCGCCGCAAGUGAUGAACAACCAGAUGCUAUCCUCGAAACCAAGGGAGCCGGACUCCUCGGCUGAGGAGGACGAGGGGGUCGACGAGUCGGAGAACCAAGAGGAGGGCUCUCUCGGACGCCAUGGCGGUCACACCGCAAGAAACGGCCUCGCAUCCGCAACGCUUCCUGUACGAGUCACAUCUCGUCUCUCGCACUCAACCAGACCGUCAAUACCAGUGAAAGCGGGUUCGAAUAGACAGUUAUCACGGCCAACGGGUCGGCCGACGAAUAUAAUGACAUCAACCACGUCGGUUAAUGGGCACGGCGACUCAGUUUCGGGGCUUACGGGACGCCGGGAAGUCGAGAACAUACCUCCGACGCCGACAACGACUGUGACGCAGUUUAAUGUGGCAACCCCGGUGCAGAACACUAGACAGCAGAAACAGGCGCAGCAACAGGCGCAGCAGCAACAACAGCAACAGCAGCAGCAACAACAACAGCAGCAGCAGCUGCAGCAGCAACAGGCGCAGGUGGAGAAUGGCCGAGGUAGACGGUCCAACGUUGUCAAGGAAGUCGAGAGACUCAAGAAGAAUAGAGAGGAGAGGAGGCAGCGGCAGGCAGAGUUGAAGGAAGAGAAGGAAGCGCUGAUGAAUCUGGAUCCGGGUAAUCCGAAUUGGGAGUUUCUCGCCAUGAUAAGAGAAUACCAAAACAGUAUAGAGUUUAGGCCGUUGCGGGAGACUGACGCCGUGGAGGAUCACCAGAUCACCGUGUGCGUGCGGAAGCGUCCGCUUAACAAGAAGGAGCACGCGCGAAAGGAGAUCGAUGUGAUCAGUGUGCCUAGCAAGGAUCAAAUGGUGGUGCACGAGCCCAAGUCCAAGGUCGAUCUCACCAAGUACCUCGAGAACCAGAUCUUCAGAUUCGAUUACGCGUUUGAUGAGACUUGCAACAAUGAGAUAGUCUACAAGUACACAGCUAAGCCGCUGGUACAGACGAUCUUCGAGGGCGGCAUGGCUACGUGCUUCGCAUACGGGCAGACUGGUAGCGGCAAAACCCACACGAUGGGCGGCGAUUUCAACGGCAAGACGCAGGAUUGCAAGAAGGGCAUCUACGCCAUGGUUGCCAAGGACGUGUUCAAGUGCCUGAAAUUGGCGAAGUAUCGGCCUCUCAAUCUGGUUAUUUCCGCUAGCUUCUUCGAGAUUUAUUCCGGCAAGGUGUUCGAUCUGCUGGCGGACAAGGAGAAGCUGAGAGUCCUGGAGGACGGCAAGCAGCAGGUGCAAAUAGUAGGAUUAACAGAGAAGGUUGUCGAAACUUGCGACGAGGUGUUGAAGUUGAUACAGCACGGGAACAGCGCCAGAACGAGCGGUCAGACUAGCGCCAACUCCAACUCUUCGCGAUCUCACGCAGUAUUCCAGAUAAUAGCGCGCGUCCCGGGCACGCACAAGGUGCACGGAAAGUUCUCGCUCAUCGAUCUUGCUGGUAAUGAAAGGGGUGCCGACACGUCGUCUGCCAAUAGGCAAACUCGAAUGGAGGGCGCUGAGAUUAACAAAUCUUUAUUAGCAUUAAAAGAGUGUAUACGCGCGUUAAGCCGUAAGGGCACGCAUCUGCCUUUCAGAGCGAGCAAGCUGACUCAGGUGCUGAGGGACAGCUUUAUCGGUGAAAAAUCAAAAACGUGCAUGAUAGCGAUGAUCAGUCCUGGGAUGAGUUCCUGCGAGCAUUCCCUAAAUACACUGAGAUAUGCUGACCGAGUGAAGGAGUUGGCGGCGACCGAUCCCACGGAAAUAAAAGUUUCACCGACGGACGAUGAGCGGGGUAUGAAGAUUGAGGAACAGGGGAACAACAGCGUGCUGUCGGACAGCGACUUAGCGCAGCUUCGAUCUCUCAACGAGGGUGAACUUUCGCAAGAUUUGUACACCUUCCACGAGGCGGUGUCUGCUCUACAAAUGCUUGAGGAAGAAGUGUUGGAUAUGCACAAACUGGUCAUGGAUAAUACAACUAAAUUUCUUAACAAUUCGCACAGCGUGUUCAGCGCGACUCACGAAGUGGAUUAUGAUCAAGAAGAUUUGAGCCGGAAAAGAACAAAGUUUGAGUCACCCUACCUGAGGAGUUUCUCAUUGCGUAGACGUCUUAUAGAGAGAAAACUAUUUUCCGACGCAUAUGCCCAAAAGUGGGAGCAGCUGUUAAUACAGCAACGUGACACCCUGAAUGCCGCGCUCGACCAAGUCAGCCAGUUCCGUGGGCAGCUCUUGCAGGAGGAGCAGAUCAGUCAGAAGAUGACCCGGAUGCGCAACGUCACAACGCGGUACAAUUAAGGAUAUUUUAGCGCGAACGCGAAAUAACAAAAAAGACAAAAAUAAUUUAUCACCUGUGAGGAAAGUCCGCUUUUUAUGUGUGUCUCAAUCUCUGAUUACAAGCGCGCAAAUAGCAAACAUACAUGACACUAGUGCGACAUAAAGCAGUCCUAUAAAUGCAAAAUGUAACAAAACACUUUGUCUUGCCUUUAAAAAAUUGCUGCGAAGCGUCGUCAACAAGGGAGCGAAGGAGCUCGACUCGUGAAAAGAAAAGAACUUACCUUAGCGAUCCUGUGUAUUAUAUAACGAUCCUUCUCGAACGGUUUCUCCAUAGCGAAACGACAGAGUUAAGUGGUGGACUCCGCAAGGAAAAAUAUAUAUAUAUAAGAAAGUCGAAGUGUGACUAUACAGCAUAAUAAAAGUAAUCGCUUAAGAAUUCACAAGUUCGGGAAGCUCUUGUCUUUAUGCAUUCAUUUGUCGCGAAGCUCGCAAGAAUCACCGAGGAAUUUUUUAAUUUGAAUUUCGUGUCUUCUUUUAGCCCGGAGAAACAUAGAAAAUUUUUAAUGCCGACGGACAAACAAUGCACGUAGUGCAACGCGACGACUUAAAAUUUCCACAGUAGUCCUGAGUGCGACUCGAAAAAACAAAAAAUUUUCUAGGAUCUUCGGGAUAAAAGGAGUUCUUGAGUGACUCUUACAGGUUUUUCGGACCGCAUUCAGGAUUACUGUGGAAAUUUUAAGUCGUCGCGUUGUACUUGUGUUCGAAAUGCAAAGCACCACCGCGAGAACGAUAAUGCGCAAGCCGCGAAAUCAGUUAACACCCAUCUUUAGUCUGUAGAAUGCUAGUGUAUUAUUACGUGGGACCCAGUCUAUAAUAUCGGAUGGAAGAAAAGCCUUAGUAAGCCGAUUUACCAGAAGAAAUGGAGAUGCGUAUAUCACCGACGAUACUUUGUAUGCCUCGUUCACACACGCAUACGCAAUUACGAGCGCAUACACAUAAAUACACAUACACAUAUACACGUGCGCGCGUAGCGAUCGACAUUCUCGUAAACCAAAUAACGACUGAUUUCGAGAAAAAAAAUGUAACUCUUUAGCUCGUAAGAAACUGCACGGCGGCGCUCGUCCAGUACGGAUGUCCGAGUUUCUUAGUAUUAAUAUCGUCGACGGCAUCAAACAGUCCUCUUUUUUUUUUACGUUAUUAAAGAUAUGAGAUUAAAAUUUUCAUUUGAUUUGUCAAACGCAUACUCCUGUGUUUUCUUCCUUACUCUACUGAAUCGCAUCAUCGCAAAGCGUGCGAUAAAAACCAUGUGUGUUAAGCUUGAUUGUGAAUACGUCCAAUGGAAAACCGUUAAUUUUGCUCAAGAGUUGCUGGACUGAACUUUACAAACUUAACGCUCUAUGGACAUAUUCCUUUCAACGAAAGGGAUUAAGCUUUGUUUCGCGUAAGCUACAAAGUAAUAGUAUCUUGCAGCUUCCCAUUUCUUAUAUAUUUCCUAUAAUCUUAUAAAAUACAUCACGAGAUUGAUGUGUGGUGCAACACAAUAAUAAAGUGUAUAAAUAUUAAUUUUUUAAUUCUGGGACAGGGAGAAAAUAAUAUAUCUUGACCAAAAAUAUAGAAAAAUUUUUUAAAGAAAUUUUAGAAACGAAUUAGAGCGUCUACAAUCAGUGUUUAUCUCAAGCACAAUUUGCUGCAAUUCAGUAGAAGCAUCUAUCAUAUUUGCGAUUAUUUAUGUAGGCUGACUUUGUUUCAUAUAUAAGUAAUUGGACAAAGAUCUUAUCACUAUAUUAAUGACAAAGAAGUACAUCACAUCGAAAUCGGAUACACCAUAUGCACCAUAGAGAGUUAAGAAGAGUAAUAUAUCAUAUCUCGCAUAUCUCGACUUAUCUUCGUUGCAAGAUUUAAUUCUAAGCGGCCGUUCCUGUCGCGUGAAAUCCUCGCACGUUUACUCGCGAGCUAACAAUCAUCGCUAACAAUCAUGCUCGAUUUUGUAAACGUUAGAAUCGCUCUACGCAAGAAGUUACUUGAUCUGGAAGCUUAGUGGUAAAUUAGUAAGAUAAUGCUCGGAUGAGGAAGGUGAGGAUAACGGAGGAUUGAUAUUUCUGUGUUGACGAGGUACAUGAUUUUUAUAUAAAUAUAUAAAAUAGUCAUAUAUAUAUAUAUAUAUAUAUAUGACUAUUUUAUAUAUUUAUAUAAAAUAUAUAUAUAUAUAUAGCGCGAGGAUGUGUAAAGAAAUUGUUUAAAAUUGCUGUUAUAAAUCAAAAGUAGACAAGAUAAUUACAUCUGCCGCCACGAGGGCAUACUAAUUUAAUUUAGUAUUAUGAAAUAUAUUUAUAAAAUAUUUAUUAUAAAGCCUGAUUCUUGUGCGAAUGUACUAGGCUUCGUUCAUCGGGAAAGUUCAUAUUUUUCGUUAGAUAUCUAUCGUAAUGUUCCUCGAUGACUGCUAAGCAUGUAUCUUCUAAUCGACAUUACACGUUUUUCGGCAGUUAUGCUGCGGUUCAGGCAUACGAGUAAUUCCAUCUUCAAGAUUUUAUGAUUGGUCGAAUUUUCCGUGGACUACAAAAUAUCGCAUUUCAUCAUCUCGAACAUAGUAUUUUUUUAAUAAGUAGUGGCGUGAUAGAUGGAGCUUGACGUAAUCGAAGGAUGUUAAUAUAUUUCUUAUUUUUUAUAAUCGAAUAAUUUAUGCGGAAGGAGACGAGUAAAUUAAACACGACACGUAGCCCCGACCCUCGGGCAUCUGUCCUCCUUGUAUGUCGUACUUAGUAGUCGCUCUCUGAACUACUCUAAUUCGAUGUGCACAGAAAGAUUUUCGAUAUGUAUGAGAGGUGUCACGUUGUUGCUUUAUGACUUUAUGAUGAAAUAAAUCAGAUUGAAAAACGAAA